UGAUCUGAUUGACUGCUGUUGACCCAUCGGAUUGAAUUGGAUAGAUUAAACGGUGCUAAAAUAUUUCGGAAUAGCCGGAUAAAUUUUAUCUCAAGAAGAAAAUGGGCCGAAGAAAAAGUAAGAGAAAGCCACCAAGUAAAAGAAAAGCGAUAGAACCUUUGGAUACUCAGUUUAAUUGUCCGUUUUGCAACCACGAAAAAUCUUGUGAGGUUAAAAUGGAUAAAUCAAGAAACACGGCCAGAAUAACGUGCCGUGUAUGCCUGGAAGAUUUUCAAACAACUAUAAAUCUCCUUUCGGAGCCAUUGGAUGUUUACAAUGAUUGGAUCGAUGCCUGCGAGAACGCCAACUAACUAAUGACAGCCAUCACAACGCCAAACUCUGAAUCAUCUGCCCUGAAGUACCAACGGAUUAAGUAUGAAUUUAGAGCACCGCUUUGGAACCCUUAGUUCGUGGGUGACUCCUUUACUGGAUUUGAAUUCUUCAUUGCUUAAGUCACCGAAGAUGUUUGUGUUCCAAAGAUAUUUGGUUCUUCAAUAACAUUCUCAAUAGUGUUUAUAUUGAAAAAAUGGAAGAUGGGCCGACACAAGAAAAUAUCAAAAUAUCAGCUUUGUAAUGCAAAGUGUUUUUUUGCUGCAGACUUCUUUGAUAUAAACGUUUUUUAGAAAAAUAUUUCAAGGUUUAUUCUAGGAUUACAUCAAACCGGGUGUACUGUGUGAUGAUAUUGGACGAAGAAAGAGAAACCAUGAAAUAAAUAAAUAAGACAAUAA